AUGUUUUCUGCAAUCUCAGAGUGUGCUAAAGACUGGCGAGAGGUCCUUGAGGUCGUUGCUCAAGCCUCAGUCGAUGAGAGGAGGAAGUUCUCCUGGAUUUGGCCGUCAGAAGAAUGUGUCGAGAAUUUGCAGAGGAGUCUCAAAACGUGUGGAAUAUCGUGUCUUCUCAGCAUUGGCUGCGGAUCAGGACUGUUUGAGUGGAUCAUUCAGGAGAGUUGUGGGAUUAAAGUGUCAGGACUGGAAUUGGAUAACUCCUGGUGGACUUCACCCUAUGCUCCUGCUACUUUCAUUCCCCUCCACUUUACUGUCACCCCAAUUACUGCAGAUUUCCUGAAGAAAUGCGCCCCAAACGAUCGAUUUGCCCUCAUAUUCUGCUACUUUAACAACGGUUUGGCCUUCUGGGAUUAUCUAGAGCACUUCCACGGGGAUUUUGUGAUAAUAGCCGGUCCGAAAGCAGGAGUAGGAAUUCACACUGAUCCAACUCCGUACGCUCUCUCAACGGAAAAUGCCCCCAAAGAGAAAGCGUGGACAUUGAAGACGAUAAUCGACGUUGCAGAUGGAUUGAACAUCAUAGCGAUUUAUGAAAGGAAGCGAAAUCCAUAA